GAAUCCCGCUCUAGUGACGGAGCAAAGUGCUUUAGGCUUUUGGUGGAGCUGGGCGCCAAGAUCUGAACCUUUCAGAAAGGGAAUCGCUAGUAAGAGCAGGCAGACAAGAACGGCAAACCCAGAAAGGGACAGUUGCAGGAACUGUCGAUUUCAGCUCUGAGCUCCGAGGAAGCUCUGCCAGGGCUUCAGUGGAGGAUCUGAGAAACAAGAUGCAGUGAAGAAGAGAGUCAGUUCAAGGGUAGGUGGGAGGGCAUAAGACUGUGUGAAGGAGAGGAAACAGAGUGUGAGAAAGGAGAGGAAACAAAAGGCAAGGUUGUGCCUACGAAUUUUGGGAAUAAAUUGGAAGAAAUCUCUCAUUGGGAGAAAUGGAUUCUAUUCUACGACUGACCAGCAUUUUGACUUGGUUGCUCUCUGGCUUGUGGCACGUUGGAUUAACAGCGACAAAUUACAACUGUGAUGACCCAUUGGCCUCCUUCCUCUCACCAGUUGCUUACUCCAGUUCCUCAGAUAUCACUGGAAGUACCAGCUCAGCUCAACUGAAUUGGAGAAUGGGAACUGGCGGUUGGUCCCCAGCAGAUUCCAGUGCCCAUCAGUGGCUACAGUUGGACCUGGGAAACAGAGUAGAGAUUACAGCAGUGGCUACACAGGGAAGAUAUGGGAGUGCUGACUGGGUGACAAGCUAUCACCUGAUGUUUAGUGACACAGGGCACAACUGGCAACAGUACAAGCAAGAAAACAGCAUAUGGACAUUUGCUGGAAACUUGAAUGCUGACAGUGUGGUUCACCACAAGCUGCUGCACUCUGUGAGAGCCCGCUUUAUUCGCUUUGUGCCCAUGGAGUGGAAUCGAAAUGGAAAUAUUGGCAUGAGAGUAGAGGUCUAUGGAUGUUCCUACAAAUCAGAUGUUGCUGACUUUGAUGGCCAGAGCUCACUUCUGUACAGGUUCAGUCAGAAGACAAUGAGCACCCUCAAAGAUGUGAUCUCCCUGAAGUUCAAGAGCAUGCAAGGAGAUGGUGUUCUGUUCCAUGGUGAGGGACAACGUGGUGACCACAUCACCCUAGAGCUCCAGAAUGGCAGACUAGUCCUAUACUUGAACUUGGAUGACAAAAAAGCCUGGCUCAGCAGCAUCACACCUUCGGCCAUUCUGGGUAGCCUUCUGGAUGACCAGCACUGGCAUUCAGUGUUCCUGGAGCGUGUGGGUAAGCAGGUAAAUUUCACUGUGGACAGGAACACACAGCACUUCUGGACCAAGGGUGAGACAGAGGUCCUGGAUAUCGACUAUGAGCUCAGUUUUGGAGGAAUCCCAGUACCAAGCAAACCUGGGACCUUUGUAAAGAAAAACUUCCAUGGCUGUAUUGAAAACCUUUACUACAAUGGAGUGAACAUAAUUGACUUGGCUAAAAGACGAAAGCAUCAGAUCUACUCAGUGGGCAAUGUCACCUUUUCCUGCUCAGAACCACAAAUUGUGCCUAUCACAUUUGUCAACUCCAGGAGCAGUUAUUUGUUCCUGCCUGGAACACCCCAAAUUGAUGGUCUGUCAGUGAGCUUUCAGUUUCGAACAUGGAAUGAGGAUGGUUUGCUUCUGUCCACAGAGCUUUCUGAAGGCUCAGGGACCUUGCUGCUCAUCCUGGAGAGUGGGACUCUGAGACUCUUGAUUAAGAAAGUGACAGGACAUGGAACUGAAAGUCUCACAGGCAGAAGCUUAAAUGAUGGCCGAUGGCAUUCUGUCAGCAUCAAUGUCAGGAGAAAUCGUGUUACUCUCACUGUGGAUAAUGAUGCUGUUUCCCUAGCUCCAGAAACCUCUGGGCUACAGAUUUAUUCUGGAAAUAGUUACUACUUUGGAGGGUGCCCUGACAAUCUCACCGUUUCCCAAUGCUUAAACCCUAUUAAGGCUUUCCAAGGCUGCAUGAGGCUCAUCUUUAUUGAUAACCAGCCCAAGGACCUCAUUUCAGUUCAGCAAGGUUCCCUGGGGAAUUUUAGUGAUUUACACAUUGAUCUGUGUAGCAUCAAAGACAGGUGUUUACCAAACUACUGUGAACAUGGAGGACAUUGUACCCAAACCUGGACUAGCUUCUACUGCAACUGCAGUGACACUGGUUACACAGGAGCCACCUGUCAUAACUCCAUCUAUGAGCAAUCCUGUGAGAUAUAUAGACACAGAGGGAACAAAGCUGGGUUCUUCUAUGUUGACUCUGAUGGCAGCGGCCCACUAGGACCACUACAGGUGUACUGCAAUGUUACUGAGGACAAGAUUUGGAUGACGGUUCAGCACACAAUCACAGAGUUGACUCAGGUACAGGGUUCCAACUCUGAGAAACCCUAUGCCAUGACCUUAAAUUAUGGUGGCAGUAUGGAGCAGCUGGAGGCUCUGAUUGAUGGCUCAGAGCACUGUGAACAGGAGGUAACAUAUCGUUGCAGGAGAGCUCACCUAUUUAACACACAAGAUGAAGCCCCGUUCACCUGGUGGAUUGGGAGGUCCAAUGAAAGGCACCCUUACUGGGGAGGUUAUGUUCCUGGAGUCCAGCAGUGUGGAUGUGGCCUAGAGGAGAGCUGCCAGGAGAUAGCAAGCAAUACUGGUUUUCUUUCCUCCAAAGAUCAUUUGCCUGUAACUCAGAUAAUUAUCACUAACAGCAACAGAACAAACUCAGAAGCAGCUUGGAGAAUUGGCCCCUUGCGUUGCUAUGGUGACCGACACUUCUGGAACGCCGUCUCAUUUUCUACCGAAGCGUCUUACCUCCACUUUUCUGCCUUCCAUGUGGAAUUCAGCGCUGAUAUUUCCUUCUUUUUUAAAACCACUGCUUUAUCUGGCAUUUUCCUAGAAAACCUUGGCAUUAAAGGUUUCCUCCGACUUGAAAUGAGCUCUCCCUCUGAAGUCAUAUUUGCCAUUGAUGUUGGGAACAGUCCUAUUGAGCUUCUUGUACAGUCCCCAUAUCCUCUGAAUGACAACCAAUGGCACUAUAUACAGGCUGAGAGAAACAUCAAGGAGACCUUAUUGCAGGUGGACAACCUUCCAAAGAAUAAGAGGGAGGUCUCAGAUCAAAGCAAUUUUUUGCUUCAAUUGAGUAGCCAGCUCUUCAUAGGAGGGACAUCAUCAAGACAGAAAGGCUUUCUUGGAUGCAUCCGUUCAUUACACUUGAAUGGACAAAAAAUAGACCUGGAAGAGAGGGCAAAGAUCACACCUGGGGUGAGACCUGGCUGUCCAGGUCACUGCAGCAGCUAUGGAAGAAACUGCCACAAUGGGGGCAAGUGUGUGGAGAAGCAUAAUGGCUACUCCUGUGACUGUACCAACUCACCAUUUGAAGGACCUUUCUGCCAGAAAGAGAUGUCAGCACUUUUUUAUUCAGGCACCUCUGUUACAUACAUGUUUCAAGAACCAUACCCAGUGGCCAAGAACACAAGCCUCUCAUCUUCAGCUAUCUACAAAGAUACAGCUCCAUCCAAGGAAAUUGUAACACUGAGUUUUAUAACAGCACAAGCCCCUGCCCUCUUGCUCUACCUCAAGUUUUCUCCUCAGAGUUUUCUGGCUAUUCUUCUCUCCAGGAAUGGAAGUUUACAGAUUCACUAUCAACUAAGCAAGGUAGAAAGUCAUGUGUUCACCGUCGGCUCAGAGAAUCUUGCCAAUAGAAGAGUGCACGAGGUGAAUAUGAACCGAAAUGGGCAAGAACUUUCCAUUCAGGUGGAUCAGCAACUCUUCAGCUAUAACUUCUCCCCAGAAGUAGAGUUCCAGACAGUGAGAUCACUCAUCCUAGGCAAAGUCACAGAGACUCUUGUGUUGAAUCCAGAAGUUACUCAAGCAAAUACAUUGGGGUUCGUUGGGUGCCUUUCUUCAGUCCAAUACAAUCAUAUAGCACCAUUGAAGGCAGCCCUCCGACAUGCCAGCAUUGCACCUGUGACUGUCCAAGGGACCUUGACAGAAUCCAGCUGUGGCUCCAUGGUAGAAUCUUAUGCUAAUGGAGUGACUACUGUGUAUUCUUCAUCAGAUCCCUUUGGAAAUACAGAUGAGCAUGAGCCUCUCACAAAUGCAAUCCAGAGUGACUCAGCAUUCAUUGGAGGUGUCAUAGCAAUUGUGACAUUUAUUGCUUUUGGUGUCAUUGGAAUCAUGACCCACUUCCUCUAUCAGCACAAGCAGUCACACCAUACCAAUCCAAUGAAGGAGAAGGAAUAUCCAGAAAACUUGGACAGUUCCUUUAGAAAUGACAUUGACUUGCAAAAUACAGUCAGUGACUGCAAACGGGAAUAUUUCAUCUGAGCUUCUAUAGGGUCAUCAGGUCCUCUAUUUUUGUGGAGAUUUCCAACUCUUUUUCUUUUCUCUUUUCUUCCUUUUAAUUUAGGCAUUCUCUUUCUCUCACAUGCCAUUGAUUUUCUAGAAUACAUGUGCAUCCACCAAGAUCUCCUUGACUCAGAUCAGGAAAUGGGGUAGCUGUGGAUAUUGUACUUCAUUGGUAAAUGUGUCAUUGUGAAAAUGACUACUGGAAACAGAGACUUCACUAUUUUAAACAAGGAAGAGACACAUGUGUCCACAUCUACAUUCUAUGUUUGUAGUCCAGUUUCUAAACUUCACUCUUCAGAUUCUCAGGCACUUGAUCUUGCCAGCUUCUACUACACUUGAGCUCUGUGGUUUUUGCCUUUAACAAUUGUCCCUGUUCAAUAUUAUAUGGUUAGGUACUGUGGCUUUAGAGAAGAAAAAGGAGUGUAUAUAUGAGACAGAGAAAGCUAUUGCCAGAUCAUCUUUCAAGGAAUGUGUUUAUCAGUAAGAAGUUUCCCAAUAGUGUAUGAAAGUAUGAAGAAAAGUAAAUUGACCUACAGAAAUCAAAGUUUAUACCUCCUGAGAGAGGAGGGAAGUUUUGAGACAUUAGACCACAAAGAAAUGUUUCUAAAUUUGGUAUAUUUUGUAUGUGCAUGUGUGCUUGUGUGUGUGUGUGUGUGUGUGCGUGUGUGUGUGUGUGUGUGUGUGUGUGUGUGUGUGUGUGUGUGUGCAUGGUUGUGAAUAUCAUGUAUUUGAAAAGUAUCCAGGACAUUCUCUUAAAGUACGGCUGAAUGAGCAACGGACUCAUUAGUUUGUUACCCUGAUGAAGCACCAUUCAUUUGUCCCACCUCUAGCCUUUCUCUACUCAGAACUUAAAUUUCUAGGAGAAUCUGACUCCAUGAAGGGUUGGGGAGCUGAGUUGAGAGACGCUAAAAGUUUUCAUCGGUCUUAGGAUGGCAGCUCUUCAUAGCACCUUGGAGAACAAAGAGAAUGUAUUCAUGGGGCCCUAGUUGUAAGAAUAUUCACCUGGGGGGCUGGGGAUUUAGCUCAGUGGUAGAGCGCUUACCUAGGAAGCGCAAGGCCCUGGGUUCGGUCCCCAGCUCCGAAAAAAAGAACCAAAAAAAAAAAAAAAAAAAAGAAUAUUCACCUGGUAGACCCAGGGCAGAGGGAGAUCCCUCUUGCCUUGUGUUUUUGAUGGCAUUUGGAAAUAAACAAGAGAUGUUUAAUUAUGUUAGUUUAAUGUUCAUACCAUACUUGUCCCCUCUGAUUCCAUUCAUUAUCCUUUCCAUAGAAUUUCAGUACUUUCUAAUAAUAAAUGAAUGAAUAGUAGGCAGCUACUUUUCUCUUCUCUUGCUAUGCUAUUUUCUGGCAUGGCUAGCAGGAGGUUUCAAGAAAGAUGUAAGGAAUAGUUCUUCCUAUAACUUGCCACUUGCCAUCUACAUUUUGUGAGAGCAUGUUAGCUAUGACCAUCCUAAGAUUUUCUUUCUUUUUUUUUUUUUUUUUUUUUUUUUUUUUUUCCAGAGCUGGGGACCGAACCCAGGGCCUUGCGCUUCCUAGGUAAGCGCUCUACCACUGAGCUAAAUCCCCAGCCCCUAAGAUUUUCAAAAGAAAAGAAACAUAGAUGUACAUGUGUCGUGGCCACAUAAAUAGAAUUCAAAUAAAACUAUAAAUUAUUGCUAUAAAAAGGCAUAGCCCAACCUAACUGAGCUUGUAUGAAAACUAGAAAUAAUAAGAAAAAAAACUACAUGGAAAAUGAAAAAUAUUGUGAAAGUUGAAUCCAAUCAAGAAAUGUUUGUUAAAGGAAAAAUGUACAGGUUAUCAGGAUUCCCAUGAUAUAACACAUAUAAUGAAUUCAUUAUAACAAGUGAGAUAUUUCUGAAGCAGCCAGAGACUGUCUCCUGUGCAUGGCAGUGUGGUCACCUCUAGAUGAGUGGAGGACUUAAUGGAGUCCUUAGUUUGUGAAGAACUUCAAAUUUUUCCGGCCUAUACCUGCACUCAUGAGCAUAUAGCUUUUUCGUGCUGUUGACUGAUGUGCCUAAGUAGGAUAGUAAUGCACCUCAGGCUUUGGGUUCUUUUGGCAGUAAAACAUAAAAUUCAUUCAAAGAAGCAUCUUGAAUUUACUGCUGGUGGGUAAUAAUGACCAUUUUAUGGUAAUAAUAUUUUCACCUGUGUCAUUAGACCACUUCCAAGAAAAAAGUAGAGAAAAACUAACCAAACAUUUCAGCCCUCAGAAAAUAGAACAAGCAAGAUCUUAGCCAAUUUCCAUUGCAGGGCAGACCUGAUUUGCAAAGCAGGUAACUGACAGUCAGUAGGCCCUCUAUCUUCUUAAUAAGUAUCCCUCCUCUUACUGUCCAACACUGUCUCUGUAACGUAGGUUUUUAGUAAAGACCUUACUAGCAUAAUCCAAUUUCCCACCUGUAGCUUUUCUUCUCUUGCAGAAUUACAGAGAGAAGGAUGAAAUGGGACACAGACCACAACUAUGAGAAAUUGUACUAAAUAUAUGUUAUUUGCUUAUUAAUUUUGUUAAUUCUGAUAUACCACUUUUUCUUUUAGAAUAUUGUUAAUUUUUCCUAGUGAAUUUAUUUUAAAGUAAUUCUAAUAAACAUGCCCUUUUAAAAUUUUAUAUCUAAUAAGAGGAAUGUUCACCAAAUCGAACAAUAGAUAUUAAAAGUAUAUUUCUUUCUCUUUCUACUUGCCUGUUGUCCAGUUUUUACUUUUGAAUUUUAUGACACCAAUCUAUGGAACAAUUGUUUAGUUUGUUUGUUUACCAACUGCUUCAAUUUUUUGGAAUUCUCUAGAUCUAUAACACAUCAACUAUAUUACAACAGCAGUCUGGAAAGAGACUCACAGGCACUUAUGUAGUUCUUCCACUUAUUUUUCCUUGAACAACUCUUUGUGUAUGCUCUGUCCUCAACUGUUGUCCAGGCCAUGUUUCAACUAAAUAAAUAAACAUGCGAGAUCAUACCUUCAUAUGGCAAAGGAGUUUAAUAGAAAAGGGUAAAGACAAAAGUGAACAUGCUUCAGUUCUUGAAGGCUAACUGAGUAUUGUUUCAUUUCUCUCAAUCUGACUGGAAAUAAUCCCUUGAAAAGACUCAGUUUUUCUGAAUCGCUUCUGUACACUAUGAGAAUUUCUUGGAAAUUUCUCAACCUCUCUCUGGCUUUCCACCUAGCCUUCCUCAUGUCAUUGUUUUGAAGAUGUUUCUUGUUCUUCUUUCUUAUCUCUGUGUUCACAAAUUCUAAAUAAUUGAUCCACCUAAAUGGGGAGAAACAUAAACACACACAUACAUACACACACACACACACACACACACGCACACACACACACACACACACAGAGAGAGAGAGAGAGAGAGAGAGAGAGAGAGAGAGAGAGAGAGAGAGAAGUAACAGGAAACUAAGUUCAUAUCUACCUUGGAAAAAGAGAAGUAUUAGCACUUUUUGUUGGAGAUUCUUUAAAUGAUCAGGCAAAGUAGUUAUGAUUGUUAUGCUAUUUAUAAGUGAUCCCCUCCUACCUUAUUUUGCACUAAGGUACUCUGGUGAAGAGUAAGAAGCACAUUUUGUAGUGAAACGCUUUGGGUGCUAAUCCUCUAAACUUUGCAGUCUAUAAAGUGGUUACACGAAUAUGAGCAAGGCAAAAGAAAUAGUGAUCUUCUGUGUUACAGCAUACUUAAUGGAACUCAAGUAGGAAAAGUAUAAUUACAGAGAGCAAGUAAGUGUAUUUGGAGGAGAGUCAAACUUCUACCAUGAAGUAAGGAUGGUUCUCCUCCCAUUUCCUUGGCUCCUAAUUCAGGAGUCUCUUCUAUGCUUAUUUUUUUACACCUUAGAGAAGAUACAAUAUUAGGCCCUGUGAGAGAAAUCUGUUACUCAUUCUCACAUGGCAUUUCCUUCUACUCUGGUGAUUUUGAAGUUUUAGGUUUCACUAGCAUAGUCUAGAGAUGUUUUGGAAUUACCACAUUAGUGAUUUUAUCUGACCAGGGUGAACACUCUAAUAACACUCUUAACUAAACAAUGAACAAGAUCCCCAGUUCCAUUGCCUUUAAUAAACUUCUCCAUGCUGGAAGUAAGAAAAUGUUGAAAUCAGUCUAGUGUUCUUCUUUUCCCUUCCUUUGUCAUGCCAUCUUGGCCAGCAUAAUGAUAAAAGAGUAUGUCACUCUGAAUCUGUACACACUUCAAUGAGUACUUCAGAGAGCCACCACCUGGAACUCUAUGCAGAGUCUUCCCUUGAUGUUCCUCAGUGACAAGUAAAAUUUGCAUCGCAUAUGAGAAUAAAAUUAGGAGGCAUGUCACAAGUUAUGAUAAGUCUGAUUUGUGCUAGUGAUUAUGUCUUAUUCAAAAUUUGAUUAGCAUUUUAUGGUGCCAUGUUUCAGAUCCCAGCAGUAAAUCUCAGAGCACAUGGAAAAGACACUGAGUAUGCAGAACAGGCCACUGUCAUUCUGUAGCCCACUUGAAUUUCUUUCUCAGAUGUAUAUUUUAAGUUCAGUGUCAUUGGAUGAAAUAAAUGGGUCUCUAUCUAGUUUUACUUUUACAUUAUAGUCAGCCAUAUUUCAAAGACAUACAUGAAGUACUAACAUAGUCACUUCUUUUUGAAUGACAGUACCAAUAAGUAUAAUAUUGACCUGCCUUAAAUAGCAUUGCAAAAAAAAAAAAAGUAAAUAUCCAUACCUGGCUCAAACUAGUGUAGUUGUAUUAUGAGAAGGGCUUUGCAUUUAGUGAAGGUUAAUGCAAAUAAUUUUAUAUUGAGUUUAGGAAUAAACAGGCUUCUCAAUUGCCAGUGUGCUCUUUAACAAAUAUUUCCCACUGCCAGCGUACUUUUGGCAAGAAAGUAGAAGGUAAGGACAUGAAAACAUAUGACAUAUUCUGAUUAUACCUUAUAAAGUAUGAAACACUUCAAAUUUCGUUCAUCAAUUUCCAAAUUCCAAAGACAAAGACUUACAAUAUUGAUCUGAUAUGAGAAAGUAGAGUCUUCCUGACAAGAUCAGGACUUUCUAAGAAGAAUGAUAGAUCAGGGGCUUACUUUAAGAAACUAAAUAACAAAGUAUAAAAAACAAUUUGUCAAAUAUAUACCAGAAUUUUUUUGUUUUCGAUAAAAGCACAACAGAGGCAAAAAGGACCAUUUGUUUCCUUUGGGGUUAACUAGAGACUCCUUCAUUCUUUGUUUUUGUUUGUUUUUUUUCCUUGUAACAAAAUGCCUAGUCCCAUGUGAUGUUGCUAUAUUCCUGGUCUAUUUUGUAGACCAUGUAAUAUGUUUUAUUACAUUGUAUGGAGAAUGCUAAAGUUAGCCUUAAAUUUCUUUAAGUUUUUUUUUGCUGUACAGAAAUAAUAUACAUGUAAAUAUUGUAUAUUUAAUAAAGAAUUUUGUAUCUUUUGUGUGAAAUACAAA